AUGAUCCAGCGCCGUGUCCUCAAGACCGACCAGAUGAAGAUGUUCAUCCUCGACGAGGCCGAUGAGAUGUUGUCCGUAACGUGGUUUCACCGAGCAAAUCUACGACAUCUUCCAGCUCCUCCCCCAGUCUACCCAGGUCGUCCUGCUCUCUGCCACCAUGCCCCAGGAUGUCCUCGAGGUCACCACCAAGUUCAUGCGUGACCCCGUCCGUAUCCUUGUCAAGAAGCAGGAACUUACCCUCGAAGGUAUCAAGCAGUUCUACAUUGCUGUUGAGAAGGAGGAGUGGAAGCUCGACACCCUCUCUGAUCUCUACGAGACCGUCACCAUCACCCAGGCCGUCAUCUUCUGUAACACUCGCCGCAAGGUCGACUGGCUCACCGACAAGCUCACUGCCCGUGACUUCACUGUCUCCGCCAUGCACGGUGACAUGGAGCAGGGCCAGCGUGAUGUUAUCAUGAAGGAGUUCCGCUCUGGAUCUUCCCGUGUCCUCAUCGCCACUGACCUUCUGGCCCGUGGUAUUGAUGUCCAGCAGGUUUCCCUGGUCAUCAACUACGAUCUCCCCGCCAACCGUGAGAACUACAUUCACCGUAUCGGUCGUGGUGGUCGUUUCGGUCGUAAGGGUGUUGCCAUCAACUUCGUCACUGCUGACGAUGUCCGUAUGAUGCGCGAAAUUGAACAGUUCUACAGCACCCAGAUCGAGGAGAUGCCCAUGAACGUUGCUGACCUCAUCUAAACUCCUUGAUUUCCGAGCCACCUAAUGUCUUCGAUGCGGGUUACGAUUGCCGCUCCAAGGGCUAGUUGCGGUGGGAAAAU